AUGAAUGCCGUGGAUGAUAUAGAAGAUCCCUUCAAACUCAAGGAUCUCUGGCAGACCUCGAAUUUUGCUCUUGAGACACUUCCAAAGCUGGAAUCGGCCCAUUUCAAAUUAGCCAUUUCAGACAUUCCCAACGGAAUAUUCAACUCCUCACUACACAACUUUGAUAAAAAGGAUUCUCUUCUAUACGAGAUCAAUGUCUUCGGCGCCGACAACACAGAGAAUCUCUCAAUCGAGCUUCCCGACGCAGCGCAGUCCACUACCGAUGGCGAUAAGACAGAUACAGCCUCUUCGAUCGAAGAACAAGAGCAAGACAGCCCUUGGAAUAUAGAGUCGUUACUGGAGUACCUCCACGAAGCACCGAAAGAUGGACCGAAUCUUGCAUCCUGGGACGGUUUCCUGAAUCGCAAUUACAAGGAACCUGCAUCCGCAUAUUUGAGCGAGUUCGGCAACAGAGGGUUCGAUGCAGCGAUAUCACACCAAGCUACGGUGAGCGGAUUGGAGAAUGCAGGCCGGAUAAUGCGAUCCUCGGUAUUCUUGGACUGCCUUAUACGUCUGGGACUAGGAUGGAAUUCAAUGCUGUUUCAUUACAACGAGCAGAAGAGGGUUUUUGAGAAGAGCAUCAAGGAUAUACGCAUUACUGGUCUUAGUCUCAUGGCUCUUGAUGGCAUGAUCAGCGAUAUCUCACGAUGUGGUACAGGCGUCCAGAGAAUGCGCAAGUUCGUACGAGCGAACCCUUUAGUGACUGAACAACCCUCCGCGCUGUCAAGCUUGGCCAGCGCAGUCUCUGUACUGCUCUACAGUCUCGAAAAGCAGCUUUCGGGACAUCUACGUGUCAAUGUCUCGUUGAUUCAAGUUCACAACCUGUUUCAAAAAUGUGGCCAUCUUGUAAGUACGCUGGUAGAUAUAAUCACCGCGGCGGAAAAGGCCCUGAGCGAGAGCGACAUCAUCUCUGUUCUUCUGUCUAAAAGUGAAGAUCUUGAACAGCGCGUUCCCUGGCUAUCAAACACAUUGAACGAGCUUAUUCAGCGAUGUACAAAACCGUGGCUAUCAUCGGUUGAGACGUGGAUCGGACUUAAAAGCGAAAAGCCUCUUCUUGGUCAAGUGCAAUUAACGAGCAACAGCUUCGUGGAGGUGGAGCAUUCACAAAAAAUAACCAACAUAGCUCUGGCAUCGGCGAAUGUGGACUAUCUUUACCAUCCGGAAUUUGUACCGUCGUCUCUACCCACUGAGCAAGCACACCUACUAUUCGAGACUGGGAGAGCACUUCGCCUGCUCAAAAAAAAUCAACCAGACCACCCUAUUUCAAGGGCUGAUGUUAUCGAAGCCGCAGAAGCUCCUAGCCUUACAUGUGCUUUUAAUUGGGCGCAUAUUGAGCAGAUACAAAGGAGAGCCGACGAGUACGAAAACCGGCUUCGGCAGGAAAUUACGAGGUACAACAACGGCGAUACUUCAAGGUCUCGUCCUGGGACACGGCACGGUAAAGCGGAGCGUGACAGAGAAGAGUUAUUUGCUGACGACGUCGUCGACAACAAUUUCGAGCUCAUUGAUUUCGACGAUGAGAAGCAUGUCACAGGGCUACUUGCCGGCAAUGCACACAUGGAGUCCGAUAGACUGUAUCAAGAUACCGAAGAAAGUGAAUUCUUCAGUCCACAGACACUGAUACAAAGUGAUACAGCCUUUGGCCCUCCGCUCGGCUCCGUUUUGUACCUUUCCCUAGCCCCGACUCUAGCAGUUCAAGCGAAACUUGUGGACUAUUCGUGUCUACAUCUACUUUUCAAGAAGCACAAGCUACGAUAUCACCUCACAUUACAAUGGCGAUUUCAACUUUUGGGCGAUGGCACAUUUACUUCACGGCUAUCCCAUUCUCUGUUUGACCCUGAAAUGACAAGCGGUGAACGGAAAUCAGGCGUAGCCCGUGGCGGCUUUCAUACGGGAUUACGGCUGGGGAAUCGAGAUACAUGGCCUCCCGCAAGCUCUGAGCUUCGACUUGUUCUCAUGGGGCUGUUAAGUGAUUGCUACGAUGCCGGUGAGAAUGACACUUUCUUGUCGGAACAACCAGAAACAAAAGAAAAAGAAUUAUCUGGAAAUUUGAGUUUCGCCAUUCGCGACUUGACCGGCAACGAAUUGAUCAAGUGCAAGGACCCAAAUGCCAUAGAAGCCCUCGACUUUCUGCGCAUGCAAUACAAACCAUCAACCACAAUCGAAAGCGUGAUCACGCACAGAUCUCUCGAGAAAUACGACCAACUCUUCAAAUAUCUCUUACGUCUACGACGCAUGGUCUCCGUUGUCAACGGCCUUAUCCGCGAUUCGACCAUACGCACUUCUUUAUCCGGAGAUACGCAUAAUGUCUUCCAGCAAUUCCGCAUUGAAUCGCACCACUUCAUCACCGCGCUGAACGAUUACAUCUUCCAAGUCGCAAUCGGCACAAACUGGCAACGAUUCGAAAACACCCUGUCCGCAAUCGAGUCCCGCAUUGACCACGACGACGUAGACGGCACCAUCGAAAUCGCUGGUUCACUGCACAGAUUACGCAAAUACCACGAAGACGUGCUCGAUCAGAUUCUCUUCUCAAUGUUUCUGGUGGACCCAAAAGAUCCAAAAAGCCAGUCUCGCCGCAGUGCGCCAUUGAAACAAAUCAAUAAAAUCCUUGAAGAUAUCUUUGGCACAAUCCUAGCAUUCAUGCCUCUUUCCAGACUUGAUGGAAAGACGUGA